AUGUCUUCUGUCUGCGCCCUCCUCCUCUCAUGCGCUCUCUUCUUGGUGGCUCAUGGAUCACUACAGGAGCGGCGGCUCUAUGAGGAUCUCAUGCGAAACUACAACAAUUUGGAACGGCCAGUUGCAAACCAUUCGGAGCCGGUUACUGUGCAUUUGAAGGUGGCCCUCCAACAAAUCAUCGAUGUUGACGAGAAGAAUCAGGUGGUCUAUGUCAAUGCUUGGCUGGAUUAUACAUGGAAAGACUAUAAUCUAGUCUGGGACCAGGCAGAGUACGGUAACAUCACGGAUGUCCGAUUUCCGGCUGGAAAGAUCUGGAAGCCAGAUGUCUUACUGUACAAUAGUGUGGAUACCAACUUUGACUCUACUUAUCAAACCAAUAUGAUCGUUUAUUCAUCUGGAUUGGUCCACUGGGUGCCUCCAGGCAUUUUUAAGAUUUCUUGUAAAAUUGACAUUCAAUGGUUUCCGUUUGAUGAGCAAAAGUGUUUUUUCAAGUUCGGUUCUUGGACAUAUGACGGCUACAAACUUGAUCUUCAACCAGCGACGGGUGGCUUCGACAUCAGCGAGUAUCUUCCAAAUGGCGAAUGGGCGUUGCCAUUAACCACUGUGGAGCGCAACGAGAAAUUCUACGAUUGCUGUCCGGAGCCCUACCCGGAUGUUCACUUUUAUCUUCACAUGAGACGACGAACCUUGUAUUACGGUUUCAACUUGAUUAUGCCGUGUAUUCUGACCACACUUAUGACACUUCUAGGAUUCACACUUCCACCGGACGCCGGUGAAAAAAUCACACUUCAAAUCACCGUCCUUCUUUCCAUUUGUUUCUUCUUGAGUAUCGUUUCGGAGAUGUCACCGCCAACUUCAGAAGCCGUUCCACUUCUAGGCAUCUUUUUCACAUGUUGUAUGAUUGUGGUAACGGCGUCUACAGUAUUCACAGUCUAUGUGUUGAACUUGCACUAUCGUACCCCAGAGACUCAUGAUAUGGGACCAUGGACCCGCAACCUUCUUCUCUACUGGAUUCCAUGGAUUCUACGAAUGAAACGACCUGGCCACAACCUCACCUACGCAUCUCUUCCAUCGCUAUUCGCUUCUAAACCCAAUCGUCAUUCUGAAUCCCUAAUCAGGAACAUUAAAGAUAACGAACACUCGCUGUCUCGUGCCAACUCAUUCGAUGCAGAUUGUCGGCUGAAUCAGUACAUCAUGACGCAAUCGGUGAGCAAUGGAUUGACAAGUAUGGGAAGUAUUCCGAGUACAAUGAUAUCUAGUACAAAUGGAGCACUGACAGAUGUGUCCCAGCAGGCGACACUGUUGAUUUUGCAUCGGAUUUAUCAUGAGUUGAAGAUUGUUACAAAGAGAAUGAUCGAGGGUGAUAAGGAGGAACAGGCAUCGAAUAACUGGAAGUUCGCAGCCAUGGUCGUGGACCGUCUGUGUCUCUACGUCUUCACAAUCUUCAUUAUCGCCUCUACGAUCGGAAUAUUCUGGUCAGCACCCUACUUGGUUGCCUGA